AUGGACGGUUCAGAGGAACAGAUUUCCCAAGGUCACAAAGCCGAUCGUCAGGCUCGCGAAGUCUUUCGGUACUUCCAGCCAACAAAUCCGGCAGCGUUUAACGAACCAUGGCUUCCGAUUGAUAAUAAUUCGGCUUCCAUACCGGACAUUUUGAUGGCUAGUGCCUCUGCUGUUCCCGAUAUCUCGGUCUCUGAGAGGAAUUCAAUUGGAGCCGGAGUUUUCUAUAGUCCGAAUACGACGUUGACUUCUUUCGCACAUCUGGCGGCUCUGCACCUGAACGCACAACGUGCCUUUAUUACUUUAUUAAAUCGCGACUCCCAAUUUAUCUUAGCCGAAGCUUCAAGAAAUACCAAAAUCGGAGACUCGGAAUCAUUCGUGGAAGGAGAAGACCGACUUUUUGCCGGGACAUCGACAUUGACAAAUCCUUGGAAUAUAUGUCAGGAGACAGUUGCAAUUACGUCGAACAAAGAUCCAUUUUUGGUUAUCGACGAUCUUGCACAACAGGAUCGCUUCAGGCAAUUGCCGUUUGUUGAAGGAAGGCCCCACUCCCGCUUUUAUGCCGGAACGCCCCUAACGAGCGAUAGCGAUAUCAACUUGGGAUGCUUGUUUGUAUUGGAUCCUCGACCUCGCGAAGGGUUGACUGAUGGCGAAAAAAAUACCCUGGGCACAGUAGCGGCGAUGGUCAUGAACUAUUUACAGGUCAGCCGUCAGGCUGUAGAAGGGCACCGCGCCUCGCGGCUGUCACAUGGUCUCCGUCUUUUCGUUGAUGGCAAUUCCAGUUUCGCCGACGAUAUCUAUACGUCUCGAUCGAACUGUUCAAGCGGUAGUUGGACCUCACAGGAAUCUUCUUCAUCUAGGAGAAGCCGAUCAAGGAUUCCUCAAAACAGUGGCCCAGAAACUUGCUCAGCACGGGCUGAGAGCGGUGAUGCCAGCCUUCGAGAUGGCAACGAACGAGCGUUGAGCUCAAGCCACGACGAAGAGUUGGACACAGGCAUGUCCACCAACGCAGUGUCACCCUCACCUAGCUUGCGACAACACGACAGCAGUUCAUUGAUUCCUUCGAACACAGAUGAUAGGCUCUUUUCGCGAGCUGCGAAUCUCUUGCGGCAGAGUCUGAGCUUGAACGGUGCUGGCGGUGUGAUCUUUUUGAAGACCAGCGAUGACUCACCAGAUGGUGCCACCGACAGCCAUCGCAAUCCCAUCGACUCCAAUAUUCCUGCGCCUGUCCUUGCGCUGUCUACCACAGACGAUGCACUGCCAUAUCAUGCAGCCUGUACGACAUCGUGCCCGGCUGCAAAUCUUGACAAGGUCUUUUUACAUCAACUAGUUCUUCGCUAUCCUCAAGGAAGACUCUGGUCCUUCAACCGUGAUGGGUCUUUGUCUACUUCAGACGAUGAGCAAUCAACGCGCACACCUCGGAAACAUAAAAACAAGCUCAGGGCCUCAGAAACCAGCAAACUCAAUAUUUACUUCCCUGAUGCGUGCCAAAUCAUGUUUGUUCCGUUAUGGAACGCCACCACUUUGCGGUGGUUUGCCGGGUGUUUUUGUUGGACUCCCCAACCGACGAGAGUUUUCAGUCGUGCAGUGGAUUUGAGCUCAAUAUUCGGCUUUGCGUCGUCUAUAAUGAUCGAACACAGCCGUGUUGAAUCUGUUAUUGCAAAUCGCCAAAAAGAGGAUUUCAUAAGCAGCAUCUCCCACGAGCUACGAAGCCCGUUGCAUGGUGUCUUGGCAGCUGCUGAAUUCUUGAUUGAUACUCGGUUGGACCAUUUUCAGGAAUCCCUCCUCGAGGCAAUAAACGCAUGUGGUCGAACACUCUUGGAUACGAUGAACCAAGUAUUGGAUUUUAGCAAGAUCAUGUCCUUGGAAAGGCAGACGAGGAGAUCUAAGGAUAGAGGAGAUCCCGUGAGGUCAAAGGCUACAGACGAAACCCGGGCGCACAUGGAUCUAUUUGUGUCGACAGACGUUGCCAUCUUGACAGAAGAUGUUGUUGAAAGUGUAUGUUUGGGGCAUUCCCACAUGCGACGGUCCUCAGCGCCAACCGACCAUCCCAGUGGAGUUUCGCAAAACUCGCAUUCCAAAUCGGCGAAAGAAGACAAUGAAUUUGGGUCUACUCCAGUAGUGGACAUUGUUGUCGAUAUCAGCAACAAUGACUGGCGGUAUCAAGUCCAGCCAGGGUCGUUGAGGCGUUUAAUCAUGAAUCUUCUUGGAAACUCUCUGAAGUAUACGAAAGAGGGUAUAAUUUCUGUCUCUAUCGAGGCCACUCAGCGUUCUAAGGAGUGUUAUCGACGAGAAGGUCUUGAAGAUAUGGUGACGUUGACCAUAUCCGACACAGGUAGAGGCAUCUCGAGUGAAUACCUCCGGACACGUCUAUACACUCCAUUUGCACAAGAGGACACGCUAUCGGUAGGCACUGGCUUAGGUCUGUCAAUUGUUCGCGGCAUAGUGAGAACACUGAACGGAAGCAUCAACAUCCAGAGCCGAGUGGAUGAAGGCACCACUGUCAAGGUGUCGUUUCCUCUUGAGCGUCCAAUGGGAGGGGAGAGUCCACCAUCAACGCCUCGUGUGGAGAAACUAGAACAAAAUACAAAUUCGGCGCCCUCUCGAUUGCGUCGUAUGGACUUGACAAGGACCCGUGCUGCGAUUUGGAGAAUUGAUUUAUUAAGCCUUGCCGAGAAUCAGUUCUGGUCUUCGGUUGCUCGGUAUAUUACGGACUGGUAUGGCAUACAGCUCGUCCCGUGGUCCGCCGACGAGUAUUUUGAUAUUCUGUUUGCGGAUGAAAACGAUAUAUCUGAAGUGAAUAUGCAGCAUUUCCCCACUGCAUUGCGAAACUUGAUUCUUUUUUGCAACGCCCCCAGCAGCUCUGUUGAUACUGAGAACAAUUGGUCGCACUUUGCUGAGUCGGUGGCACUCCUCAGUCGACCCUGUGGCCCACGGAAACUCGCCACCGGCAUAUUGAAUUGCCUUGAUCCGAAGCCAGCAACUCCCACGUUACGCCCGCUUACCCUCACACAAAAGUUCGUGGUCCCAGAACGACCCAGGCCGCUCGGUUCGUCUCCGCUAGUCGAGGGGUCUAAAGAAUCGUCGUCUGGGUAUCUAGAAUCACCGGCUACAGAAUCUCUUGCCACGCCAACCUUAGCCAGUGGUUCUAGUGAUGUCAGUGAUGCCAUAUAUUCUCCGAAACACGAUGAUUCGGUGCCGUGUUCAAAUGUAGAAAUGUCACUUCAUCCGACACCUAGGAACACCGUCUCCGGCACUCAUGCGACUUCGCUUUCUCUUCCAUCCAGCGCUCUCGAUGCCUCGUCUGAAAGCCAACGCAAACCUCGGGUCUUGCUGGUAGACGACAACGACAUCAACAUUCGCCUUCUAGAAACUUUCAUGAAGAAACGAAAAGCCCUAGUUUUGGACACGGCAGAGAAUGGAAGAGCAGCUGUCGACUUUUUUGAACAGACAUCGCAAGGGUACGACUUGAUUUUCAUGGAUAUUUCCAUGCCAAUCAUGAAUGGGUUUGAGGCAACGUCCGCCAUUCGCGCAAUUGAAAAAGAACGGGAUUGCUGCGUCCGUGCGAAGAUCAUCGCUUUCACUGGACUCAGCAGCUUACACGAUGAGUCCAGGGCAAAAGACUCUGGAGUCGACUUGUUCCUUACGAAACCUGUUUCGUUCAAGGAAGUAUCACGUCUGGUCGAUGAAUGGGAAACUGAACAUUCCACGUAA